AUGACAGACUACUACGAGCCAACGUUAUUAUUCAGACAAAAUGCUAUAAGGAGAUUCAACCCAAGUUUGUCGCCCAUUUCAAGUGUACUCAGUUUACCAGAGGAGUCAACCACAUCUCAAUCAUCGAUUAAUUCACCGUAUCUCGACAAAAAGACCAAUACAUCUUCUUCUUGGUUGCUCAACUUGAAUAAUGAAAAAGAUACCCAAGUAUUGAGCAAAUCAUGUUCUUUGAAUCGUACAAAUAUCAAAUCCAAUUAUUGGAAGAUUCCUGACAAUAACAUGAAUUUGACAUCAAUGUGUGUUAAGCAUCAAUCACUGCAAAAUCCUUUAUUGGCCAUAUCACUGAAUAAUAGUGAUAAUAAUUUGUUUAUUUAUGAGAUAAAUCUAGAUUCUAAUCAUUUGAUUCAUCAUUCAACUAUCAGUCUCUCGAAUAUAUACAACAUGAAAUGGGUUAACAAUACCACCACUAGUGAUAAAAAUUACCUUGUUACUGGAAAUAACAAGGGUUAUGCUCAUUUGGUCACAAUGCCUGACAUUGGAACUGGUUCCAUUGAUGAUCAGGAAUACUCUGCUGAAAUUUGUAAACGUUUUAAUCAUAGGAAACAUAUCAAAGACAAGAGCAAAGUAGAUGCAAUGUUACCCAUCAAACAAUUGAAUCUUUUCAACAGUGAUAGGGAAAUGAUUUCAAUAUAUGAUGAUUUUCUUUUCCAUUGGGAUAUUAUGAAUGUUGAAUCACAGCAAAGACCACAACCCAUAUCAAUUACAACAGUUAAAGGAAUACGGAAUUUUGAUGUAUUACCUCAUAAUAAUACAACCUUGGGUAUUUGUGGAAAGUUUGGUAUUUCAUUGUUUGAUACAAGAGAUUCGAAGUUUAGUAUACCAAUGUCAUCUUCAAUAACGAGAAACUAUCGUCAACUAUCAGGUAAUAUUGUCAAAUGGAAUCCUGAAAACGACAACAUACUAGCUGUUGGACAUGGAGAUGGAGUUAUUCGAUUAUGGGAUAUAAGAAAACAAGAUUACUUCACUAGCUUGCAUGGACAUUCACAUCGUUCUACUUUGAAUCAAGUAACCAGCAUUGAAUGGGAUCAAGGGGAUUUAUUUAGCGGAGGCCAAGAUGGAAAUAUAAUACACUGGGAUCUCACUUCAGAUGUUAGUAUAGAUGAAAUUGGUCAUAUGAAUUGUGGGUUAAGAGAAGGAUUGGAUAGUGUUAAGUUUAACGAAAAGACAAAUUCAGUCGAAGUUGAUGUCAAUCAAAGACAAUGUGGAACUGUUUUACCGGCUUCUAAUACCAAUGUGGUUAGUAUGUGUUCGGUUGCAAAUGAUAGCAAUGAGAUCAAAAUUAUGUCCAUCGAUGGAUCUUCAUUCUUGGGUGUACAUUCACAAGUGAAAGAAGCAAUCAAGUUGAAUAUCAAUCCGGAUAAAUUGUAUUAUACUGAAGAGGAUAUACAGGAGUUGCUAAGAUACGAGAGGCCAAUUAACAGCAAAGAAGAUUUGACAAGCUCUGACGUGGAAAGCGUGAUUGAUUCGGAGAUGCCAUUGAUGAUACGAAGGAAGCCAACAUUUAUCAGUAUAAAAAGUGUGGAAUCUACUGAACAGGAACGGUUCCUGGGUCUGGAGACAGAGAUUGAAUCGGAUAAUCUCGACUUGGCAUUGAUUCAAUCUCCCAAAUUCAAUCAAUCAGCAGAAGAUACAGUAUCAUUGGAUGAUUUUGAUUUCACAUUGAACAACAACACUUCUCAAUCGGACAUGUCAGAUCCAGACUCACCGCAACACUCACCAAUUAAUGAUUCAAUGGACUCUUUAUCUACCAUAGCAACUGAUUUGGAUGCCAUGAUUGUGCAUGAGAAGGGAAAUGGGAAGCAAAUUGUUGCUAAUGAGAUGGUAGAAAAUGCUGCGUCUUCUGAGCAAACAGACAAUGUAUUAUUCAAGACUUAUUCAGGACAUGAUUUGAGAAACUACAAAUAUAGUGAUAUAUUCAGAUCAUUGGAUAACUUGAACUUGUCUUAUUAG